AUGACCAGUGCUGAGGCACCUGAAGGGGCCGGGAAGUGUUGGUUUGGUGUGCAGAUGCCGGUGCACUGCGAGCACUGGCAGCCGCUUAAUAUCUCUAUUAGUGUUGAACUGUUCCCAACUCUCACCUCUGCUGUGCACUCAUGUGUCUACUUGUGUGGUGAGUCGCUAAGAAGAGGAGUUCCAGUGCCACAGCUCUGGCCGACCACACACCAGUGUCCGGACAUACAUCACAGCCAUGGGCUCACACACCAAUCAGGGUGGUCUGUCCCCGCACAGCCUACUAUCAUGGACUUGACCACCAAGUGCCAAGUGGACACUUGCACUAUAAAGUGUCCUGGUCAUAGAGAGCCGUGUAUCCCAAUGUUCACUGUUAGGUGUAUGAGAGUUAGUAACUUAGCAGCACCACCAGUGAUGGGGUGGGAACAGGGAUGGGAACAGGGAUGCCAAGUGAUUGCACUUUUCUCCGUAGAAAAGCAGAUAAAAAGUCACUUCAUUUGA